GCCGGCGCUCCGAUCAGUCGCAGCCGAAAUGUCUGCGCGAGCGCCUGCCCGCUGCCGCACCAGCCUCGCUGUGCUUUUGCUCCUCGCAGCUUACACACAUGAGGAAAAAAUUUCAUGCGUUAAAGAUGGGCUGUACGCCGACUACGAUUCAGAUUGUGAAAAAUAUGUGCGGUGUUUAAAUGGAAAAGUGAAAGGACGAUACACUUGUGCCCCUGGAAGAGUGUUCAGUGAAGUUGCAGGUGCGUGUAUAAUGAGCCCGAGUCGCACUUGUGUACAGCGCAUUUGCGCACCCGGAGACACGUUCGCGUAUACGACACCAACGACUGCAUGUCGCCAUUACUAUCGAUGUGAGAAUGGCACAGUCACAGAUCACACCUGCCCAUCUGGGUCUUGGUUCGAUACAGAUCGCCAGGCGUGCUCGCGAGGCGCAGGUACAUGUUACGAACCCGUCUGUGCCGGUUUACCUAACGGCAAAUAUCCUGAUUCGUCUAAUGACUGUCGACGGAUAUUGCAUUGUCGUGGAUCGGAAGUGAGGUCAGUGGAAUCUUGUCAAGGGUUUUGCACCAAUGAUUGUCCAGCCCCACGAUCGACAGCAAUACCCAUACCGGUCGGAGAUGCUGACUUUUGUUCGGAUGAAGCAUGUGCUUCACUGUGUCAGAGCGCAGCUGACGGUGCUUACGCUGAUCGAUCGACAGGCUGUCGCGAGUACUUUGUAUGUAAAGCGCAUGGGGUUAUAGGACGCGGGGUCUGUGAACCUGGAUUCUUAUUUUCGGGAUCGGGUUGUGAGCCCGCAGAAUUGACCUAUUGUCCACCGCCAGCGAGAAGUCCCUGCUUUAACCGUCAGGAUGGUCGAUAUAGAGAUUGGAAAAGCUGUUUAUCUUAUUACGAUUGUCGUCGAGGAAGAGUAAUCUCUCGAGGGAUGUGUGAUCAAGGAAAAGUUUUCGAUGGCGCGAAAUGUGUAUCACAGAACAGCUUUUAUUGCAAAGGACCCGAGGUGUCUAAACUUUGUCAAGGUAUGCCAAGUGGAACUUAUCAACACCUGGAGUCCAACUGCAGCCAAUAUUACCAUUGUGAGGGAUCCCUGCAGACUUUAUUUGCGUGUCCGUUUGGUGAAGUGUAUGACGGUGUAAAAUGUGUGCCUUCUUCACAACAUCUAUGUCCAAAUUUAGAAAGAGAUUCUUGCUAUGGCCGCUCGGAUGGGCGCUACAGAGCGAAAGAUGCUAGUUGUCGGGCAUUUUAUGCAUGUAUAAACGGGGAAAAGGCGAUGUACGCAUGCCCAACGGGACAUGUUUUUGAUGGAGAAUCCUGUAUACCAGAACGUCUUGACCUAUGUCCAUCUAAAGACUAUUCAUGUUCGGGUCUCAGUGAUGGAUACCAUGCAGAAAUCGAUUCUAAUUGUCAUAGAUACUUUUUCUGCGAGGGAGGAGAUCGUCUAGCAACUUUGUCCUGUCUUGGAGGAAAAAUAUUCGAUGGUCACGCGUGUGUAGAACCAACGCGGCACGAAUGCGGUGGGCCGCGGAGAGAGAACCUAGAGCACGGGAAACCAUGCGAACACAACGGUUUUUUUAUCGUCGCCGGUACCGAAUGCAAGAAUUACUACUUCUGUUUAGGAGGUCAAAGGACAUAUCUCACCUGCCCUAUAGGCCAAGUUUUCAACGGACAGAUUUGCGUCCCAAAUGAACAGUACGUGUGCCCUGAUUGAACCAAACGGUAAAUAUUGGUCAAUUUUAUCAUGGCUAAGCCACUCGAGCUAAGGGAAGGAGUCCACGGUGUACCUGAUUAAAAGACUGUGAAUACAAAGACCACUUUAUCACAGUAUAGAAUUAUUCAUAACUUAUCUUUUAGCAGUAUGUUUCAAUCUACCUCGAUGUAUGCAAUGAUAGGCGCUUUUUACUCAUUAUUUUAUUGGCAUAAAAACUUAAAGCAUCCUAUAUAGAUAUAUAACUAUUUCUAAUAAUUACAAUAGCUAUAUAAAUUUAAGUUACAAACGCAUAAGCUCAAAUAAAAAAAAUCUUUUGAUAACAUAAACGUAAUUUAUUUAUUUAGAAAUAUAUCUUUAAUACAAACCUUAAUCAACAAAAUCUUACAUAACGUACUUAAGAAUUAGUAUAGUAUAAUAUACUACUUUUAAAUUAUAAAUAUUUUUAAUAAGUAGCACAAUGAUAAAAUAUUUUUAAAUACAAUGUUACCAAACUACAAAUAGACUAGUCUCGCUAAGACCACUUUCCCGUUAUACAUAAUUUUGGCGAUAGUUUUUUAUAAAAGCAAGUUUCUCUAUUUAAAUAUGUAUGUAUAUAUUUAUAAUUAACUCCAAUGUUGUAACUAAUACAGUAACUUACGCUUGAAAAAACAAUACUCAUAAGCAGGUCUCAUACUGUGUUGUUGACAUACAUAAUAUGGGCAUACUAAUUUGUACGCAACGCACAUCUAAUUCAAGAAUGAUCCCGACCAUGAGUUUUGUGAUUACCAAGCGAAUUGAAAUUUGAAACCAUUUAAAUAGAGGAAUUUCCUUGAAAUUUUACAUAUUCAAAAAGCACUAAUACUAACUACAUAAAUUAAAACAAGUUUCCUGAAAAAAAAAGCAACCGUUGACUCAAGUUGAUUUAUUUGUUCUAACAGUUUGCAGUUAUAUCGAACCCUUCCGUGUGUACACAAAAUAUAAUAUUAUAGCAAUAGAUUGAAACCAUUACACCAAUUUUUAUAGCACUGAUUAAUAAUUGGUCCACGCCGGAAGUAAAUAAAAUAUUAAUUGAACUUAUAAAAACUUCAAAUGUGCCGCGUACCGUUCGACUUGACGUAGCAAUUACUAUAAUAAACUACUUCUUAAUUAAAUGCCAUGUUAUAUUUAUUAAUAUGUAAUAUAGAUCUUGUUAGAAUAUAGACCAGUUAUGUAACGCAGUGUUGCCAAAUGAUUUGUUACUAUUUCGUCAUUUUUAGCAAUUAAAGAUAAAAAAUAUAGGUUUCAGGAUUUUUUUAUGUUAAUAUUUCUGGGGCUUUUUUGAAGGCUGUUUCAUUUAAUUACGUUUUCAUACCAGAUGAUAGUUGAUAUUCUUGUAAUCGACCUAAAAAUUAUGUUGUUAAAAGCUGUCUACAAAAUUAUAAUUUUUGUAUUGUUUAUUUAUGAGGAUACACUAAUUUUUAAAAUAAAUGUAUAGGCAUUCAUUGAAUGCUUUAUACAGGGACUAAAAUUUGUAUAUUUCGUCUAAAAUUUAGAUCUAGAACAUUACGUAGUUGAAGUUAUUUAUUACAUGAAUUGAACAAAGUGACAAUUUGCCCGCAAAAUAACUACGAAAUAAGUUUUUUUAACGCUUCAAUAGAAAAUAUUUAGAGAAAAGUAUUUAUUUUUAAGGUUAUAUAAUUUAAUUUCAGAGAAUCUAGUAAAUUUCAAUUAU